CGAGGCCGACUGCCAAUUGUUGCUUUGAGUUUGUCCAAGACACACCGUUCGUGUUCCACACACCUUUAUCACGCCAGUCACCCUCAGAACGACUCUCACUCACCCCACUGACCCCAAAUAAGUCUCACUCUUGACGACAUAUUCAAAAAAAACUUAAGACAAAGAUGUGUCUCGUACUCUACAAGAUUUUGAUGUUCGGAGUGAUGAUUGGUCUGGUCUGCAGCGUCCCUGCACCCCCCAAAGUAGUUCCAACGGAGGAAGGUGCCGCGGGUCCAACGCCGCUAGGAGGAGGAGGUGAUCUGGACACAGCCAACACGUUCGGGAUCGGAUUCGCCCUUGGUUAUCCGUACGGAGGAUACGGUUAUGGUCUUGGAAGCUACGGUUAUGGAUACAGGUCACCUUACUGGGGUUACGGUGGCCGCGGGUAUUAUGGAGGAUAUGGAGGAUACUACUGGUAAAUCACCCCCCCAAAGUUGACCUCACGGCAUAUCUUCGCCUCGUCUUGCUGUACUACCAAAUAUUUUUCUACUCUUAAAAAUUCACUUUUACUUGAAUUGUUUUUCUUUUCUUUUUCGUUAUUCACUCGAGUGAAGUUUUAUGAGUUUUAGUUUUCUUUUAAUGCAAGCUUAACCAUAUCAUUGGUCUCUUUCUCUCUCUCUCUGAAAAUUUCCUCUCUCAAAAUCUCAAAUCUUUUGUUGUUCUAUAUUUCUGACUUUUUGACGUGGCACAUAACGGCAACGACGAAAUCUGUUCCCAAUUGAUAAAGUUUGGUACAGAGUUAGUUGUUUAUCCACAAAUAUACAUAAAUAUAUCUCUAUUUGUUGAGUUUUUUUUCGAAAAUUUAAAAUUUUCAAAAUUUUGUUGAAUUAGAAGCAAUAAUUGGCUAUAAUUAUGUAUGAAUAUUUUAAACUGUGAUAUUAAUUAAGGUCUUCUUAAGAUAUGUUUUACUUACACCAUUUUAUCUGUGCAAAAUAAUUUCCGCACUACCUUGACUGAAGCGAAAUGUUUAAUUCAAAAUUAUGUUGUUUGAUGAUUUGAAAAAGUUUGAUAUUUUUCCAAAGUUUUCAGAGUAAUAAACUCACAAAUUUGGUUUACCUAAAGAAAAUA